GCAGUUAGAAAGGAAAAUGAUCCAACUAUGGUGGAGAUGUAUCAGUGCUGGGUGACAUCACCAAAGAAUAAACGCAAAGCUGCAGGGGGUGAUGACAACAAAACCCCAUCCAAGAAGCAAAAAACAAAAGAGAGCAGCAGCAGUGAUUCAGACUCUUCUGAAGAAGAAGCACCAGUUAAGAAACCCACCCAGCAAAAAGACAAAACCCCUGUGAAAGCUACUAAAACAACACCAGCCAAAAAGCAAGCAGAGUCUUCAGAUAGUAGUUCUGAUUCAGACGAUAGUGAAGAUGAGAAAAAUAAAAUAAAAACUAAAAAAAAGACAACGCCAGCUGCGAAGGUGACACCGAAAAAAAAAGAAAGCUCAUCUGAGAGCAGCUCCUCAGAAAGUGAAGAAGAAAAACAGAAACGUGUAGAGAAACCAAAACCCAUAGCAAAGCCACAAACUAAGUCUAAACCAGACAGCUCUUCAGAUGGCAGUUCAUCAGAGAGCGAAGAUGAAAAAUCAACUGCCAAAAAACCAAAAGCUCCGACUGCUAAAAAGGCUGAAAGUUCAUCAGAAUCUGAUAGUUCAGAUUCUGAAGAUGAUAAGCAAAAGACACCUGCUAAACCUCAGACAGGAAAAUCUACACAAAAUGGUAAAGGUAAAUUUAGUGCCGUACCGCCUCCGUACGCUAAGAAAGCAGAAACAAGUAGUGAAGACUCCAGCAGCAGUGAAGAGGAAACUGCCAACAAGUCUGUUGCAAGAAACAAGAAAACCACAAAACCUGUUCAAAAAAAGGUUACUCCAGCUGCAAAAACAAUAAAAAAAGAUUCAAGUGAAUCCGAUUCCAGUAGCGAAGAUGAGCCACCAGUGAAAAAAGCCACACCUGUAAAAGCACAAGCAGUCAAGAAAGUACCUGUUAAUAAAACACCUAAAAGAGACAGUUCUAGCAGUUCAGAGUCUAGUAGUAGCGAAGAUGAAAAGAUGGAGGUGAGCCCUGUAAAGAAACCUGAUCCUGUUAAGAAGCAAAUACCUGUUAAGAAGCAAACACUUGAAAAGAAAGCUGAUUCAUCAAGCAGCUCAGAUGAUUCCAGUAGUGAAGAAGAAAAUAAAGCAAAAAAGGUUGUUCCUAAAAUUACUCCAGCACCAAAAGUAACCCCAGCAAAAAAGAAAGAGAGUUCAAGCAGCAGUUCGAGUAGCGAGGAAGAAGAACCCAAGAAGAAAGUUACUCCUGCAAAAACGCCUACAAAGACUCCUGUAAAAACCCCUACAAAGACUUCUGCAAAAACCCCUACAAAGACUCCUGCAAAGAAUUCUGCAAAAGUUACUAAACCAGUGAAGAAAGACAGUUCCAGCAGCUCUGAUUCAAGCAGUGAAGAGGACAAAAACGCAAAGAAACCAGUAACACCAUUAAAGGCAGCACCAGUCAAGAAGACACCAACACCAAAAAGUGUCCAAAAAAGUGCUUCGAAGAAAGAAGGCUCAUCUAGUAGUUCAUCGUCUGGUAGUGAGGAUGAUGUUCCAAAAAAAACAGUAGCACCAUCUAAACAAACCACUGUUAAGAAGUCACAAACCCCAAAUGGAACUCCAACCUCAAAAUCAACCAAGAAAGAAUCCUCAUCCUCCAGCAGUUCUGACUCAAGCAGUGAAGAAGAAACAAUAAAGAAACCAGUAAUGCCUUCAAAAACCACUCCUGCAAAAACUCUACCCAAGAAGACCUUGACACCAACAGCAAAAUCAGCAAAGAAAGAAUCACCAUCUUCUAGUUCUGAUUCUAGUAGUGAAGAGGAGAGCACCAAGAAACCUGUAGCUGCGAAAAAGGCAACCCCAAAAUCAGUAGCAAAGAAGGAAAGUUCAAGCAGUGAAGACUCAAGUAGUGAAGACGAGACUCCAAAAAAGGCUCUUACUCCAGCAAAGGUUACACCAGGAAAAGCCACGGCAGUAAUUAAAAAAGCAUCAGCAAAAAACGAGAGCUCAUCAAGCAGCUCCGACUCGAGCAGUGAAGAUGAAAAAUCCAAGAAAACCCCAACAUCAGCAAAAAAGUCAGCAACACCAGGGAAAACCCCCAAUGGUUUAACUAAUGAUCAAGAUAGCUCUGACAGUGAUAGUGAGAGUUCUGAUUCUGAUGAUGACAAAAAACAAGCUGCAAAGAAAAAAGUAUUGACAAAGAAAAGACCGAGAUCAGAUUCUUCAAAUGACGAGAAAGAUGAAUCUGUCACACCGAAGAAGGGUCUGAAAGGGGAACAGAAAACACCAAACACAGUACCAAAAGUAAAUCAGAAAAAGACUAAAACAAUACCAACUCCUUUCAGAAGAGUAAGAGAGGAAAAUGUGGAAGUAAAUGAGAAGCUCAAGUGUAAUUCUUUUGAGAGCAAACGUGGUGCACAAGGCUCAUGGGGAGAACGUGCCAACAUUGAUCUCAAGUUCACAAAAGGCAAAUCAUUUCGACACGAGAAGACAAAGAAAAAGCGUGGCAGUUACAGGGGCGGCAGCAUCGAUAUGGCUGUCAACUCCAUCAAAUUUGACAGCGAUUGAGCCAAGGUGAUGAAAAACAGUGAACAAAUUGGAUCGAUAUAGAAUGAUGUUCACUACACAUUUUAUAUAAAAAACAAGAUACAUACCUUUACUUGAGGCCUAAAGUACAAACCUAUGAUAUACAGUUGAACUUGCCAAAAUCAAAUCCAAAAUGGCAUUGAAAAGUUGUUCGCCGUAGAUAAAAUUUGACAUGCACAUUUUUAAUUAAUAUAAAACACAAUUUUGGCAUGUAAAGUAAGAUGGAUUUUGAUAAAGUUAUUCAAGUUAAUAGGGAAAGUUGACUUAGGCAAGUUUUACUGUACUAUCAAUGGCUAAUGUCCAAGUUGAACACUUUGAAUAAUCUAGUCUUAUAGCGGUGUACAUAUUCACUACAACAAUGGAGAAUUCAUAAAAUUUGACAAUUUUCCAAGCCUGGGAAAUAAUAUUCAAACGGUCCUAGAUGUAAAAUGAGUUAAGAAUUAACACACAUGUAGAAUUUGCUUAAUAUUUUUUCAACAUUACAAAUUGUGUAUGAAUUUAUUAAAGAUAUAUCAUCUCAGUUGAGCUAAAAACUAUUAAAAGAUACUUAAUUUGCAUAUUUCUUUCUUAAAGAGAUUUUCUUCACUAUUUGACAGAUGCUUAAAUUUUUAGAUUUGUUGCAUGGAUCAAAUAAAUUGGCUGGUAAUCAAUUUAAGAAUUUACGUUAUGAAAUGUCAGUAAAUUAGCAACAUUUGAUUUGAUCAAAAUGUCAGUGGAAGUUAAUAAUUUCUAAUCAUUUUACAGCAGAUGAUAUAUCUUUAAAAUAAUAAUUCCUAUAAUAUGAUUGUAAGGAAUGCAUUAUGAACAGUCCAACUGUUGAAUAUUCAUCAAGGAGGUUGGUAUAGUUAGAUACUGUUUAUAAGCAGUUAUGUUAUUAUAGAUAUAAACUUUGAAACAAGUGGUAUUGUAUUGAAGACUAUUAUGUACAGUAUUGAAGGAUUUUACCAGGGCAUCUUGUUUUAUGCAAUACCGCCCUCUAUUGGUUUAUUAGAGAAGAGAAUGGUCACCACAUUCCCAUUGUGCAGGUAGAUGCCUCCACCUAUUAUGAUUACCCUUGAUGGAUUUCCCUUUUGUGAGACAAACUGUUAGUUUUUAAUUACCAGAAGUUUAACAAAUCAGUGUAAAAGAUAUUUAUUGACAUUCUUGUAGAAACACAUUCCGAGAGCUUGUGAAAACAUCAGAGUUGGUUUGUUUGUUGCAUUAUAUAGAAUCAGGGAGUUGGUAGAAUUUACUCUCGAAUGAAACAAUAGUAUGAAGUACUUGGUGUUGUAGCAUAAUAGUAGCAUUAGAAUUAUGGCCUGCAACAAAACCAAGUACAUACUCCUCAAAAAUCAGGUGAAUUAGAAUCAUUAUAAAUAAUAGUUGUAUGUCAAGUGAUCUACAAUACAUGAAUUUUCUUAUGGAUACCUAAGAAGAGGUACAUUUCUUUGUGUAGUGCCAGGGGUAGGAAUGUUUCCCUGGGUGCCACUGUGGGCUCCAUCCUUUUGAGAAGCUAAAUUGAUUGAAGUAUCUGAAAACAUGAAUUUUGAUUUAUUUGAAAACAAUACAGAUACAAGAUAACAACAGCAUAUCGUGAUGAAAAUAAAGUUUAUUAUUCUUUUAUGUUUUACUGUAUUACUAUUUCUAUGGAAUAGUUUUCUUUAUCUCAAACAACUCUUUUCAACAUUUUUUUAAAUAUUUUUAUAUUUUAUUUUGUUUUUGUAUAACAAAACCAUCUUAAACAAUAUAUUGAUACACAAAACAUCGAAUACUACAGUUAUGAAAAAUGGUAGCCACAUAGAAGACACACAGUUUAUACAAUAAAACUAUAUCUCCACAAUGUCUUAUUUGCCAAUCAAAAAUAUAUAUAGGAAAAAGCUCAAUGAGAUGUUGAAACCCUGUAACACUAUCGAGACA